AUGAACGUGUUGGAAAAGACGUCCGACCAUGACAUACUGGCCAUAAGGAGAAAAGUACACGAAUUUUGGUUGCGGCGGGAAAUUCCGAACGGUCCUAAAAUUUGGAUAGCCGUGAACGAGGAUCCCGAGCUUCCGACUUUUACCCGAUCAUCGCUAUACAGGCUAUUAAAACGAAUGGAAUUCAAGUACAUCGUUCGCGCGCGCAAUAACGCGCUCAUAGAAAAGGAACACAUUAUCGCCUGGAGGCAGCAGUACAUAGAGCACAUCCAAAGAUAUCGCGCUGAAGGACGGCCUAUAUAUUAUCUCGACGAAUCAUGGGUUAACGCAGGAGACGUUAGAAGGAAGCUUUGGGUGGAUACUUCUGUAACGUGCCCCGCGAAUGCAGAAAGAAGGAACCUGUCCACGGGCAUACCGUCGCCCGCAAAUAAAGGAAAACGUUUGAUCAUAGCACAUGUCGGGUCAUCCGAUGGAUUCGUACCUGGAGCCUUACUCUGCUUCGAAUCAAAAAAAAAUCUUGAAGACUACCAUGCCGAAAUGAACGGCGAAACGUUUUUCGCCUGGUUUCAGAGGUUUUUGCCCAUGCUAAAAGAUGGGGCAGUGAUUGUUAUGGACAAUGCUCCAUAUCACAGUAUUAAAGUGGAGAAAUUUCCAACCAUGGGGUGGAAAAAAAAUGACAUCAUCGCAUGGCUAGUCGGUAAGGGGGAACAGGUUGAACCACAGUAUGUCAAAGCACAGUUGUUACAAUUAUCGUAUAAAUAUCGACGAUAUGAAUACGUCAUCGAUGAAUACGCAAAGCAGCAUGGCCAUACUGUGGUACGCCUUCCCCCCUAUCAUUGCGAGCUGAACCCCAUCGAAUUAGCGUGGGCAAAGAUCAAAGAUUAUGUAAGGGCGCGGAAUACCACCUACAAACUUUCUGAUGUGGAAAAAUUGGUGCACGAAGCCGUGGAGAAUGUAACCGCCGAAUCGUGGAAAAAUUUUAUUCGCCAUACAACCACUGAAGAAAAUAGAUUCGUAGAAAUCGACCAUGUCACUGAUACCAUUCUCGACGAAGGUGCUGGUGAGUGGGUGGAUCAACCCGAUAACUCCGAAGAUGACAGUGAUAUUUAA